UUAAACGCCACCACGCCCCCCACUUCGUUUCCACAUAGAGCUUAGGUCGAAAAGGACAAUGGAGUCCACUUCCUUCAUCCGCUUCCUCUUCCUCAUCCUCGCCGCCGUCGUCCUCCUACUGUUCACCCGCUCAUGGAUCCAUCUCCCCUCCCCCGCCGCCGAUGAGCUUGAUUUACUUGAUUGCAACCGCUUCUCCUCUUGGUGCACCUCCAAGAAUCGCAUCCAAACCAAGCAGACCACACCUUCCUCUUCCUCAUCCACAACUCGGUCCGCCUCCUCCUCCUCUGCCGCUGUUCGUGACCACUCCGACGACGUCCCGCGCCACCCCCUCGACCCGCUGACGUUGCGAGAAAUCUCCGCCGCCCGGUCCAUCCUCCUUUCCCAGCCUCCUUUCUCCUCCUCCCCUUCCUCCGUCAUCUUUCACACCCUCACCCUCUCGGAGCCCGAUAAGUCCUCCGUCGAGGCGUGGUCGAAAGGUUCUCCUCUCCCCGCUCGCCGCGCCUCGGUAGUGGCGCGCUUCAAGGGCGAGUCCUACGCGCUUACCGUCGACCUCGCCUCCGGCGCCCUGACCACCCUCCCCAUCCCGGCCUCCGGGUUCCCCACCAUGACCAUCGAGGACAUGUCGUCCUCGACGUGGGCGCCGCUGUCGGACGCGGCGUUCAACAGCACCGUCCUCGCCAGAGGCGUGCGCCUCUCGGACGUGGCCUGCCUCCCCAUCUCUCCCGGCUGGUACGGCGAGAAGGAGGAAGGCCGGCGGCUGAUCAAGGUGCAGUGCUACUCGGCGGAGGGCACGGCCAACUUCUACAUGCGGCCUAUUGAGGGCCUAACCGUCCUCCUCGACAUGGAUACCAAGGAGGUGGUGAGCAUCUCCGAACAGGGGCGGGGCAUCCCGAUCCCCAAGUCGGCCGGCACCGAGUACCGGUACGAGGCGGUGGCGGGAUUUAACGAUGACCCGCCGCGGCUGGGGCUGAAGCCGAUAUCGAUCGAGCAGCCGGCGGGGCCAAGCUUCGAGGUGGAGGAGGGGGGGCACAUGGUGCGGUGGGCCGGGUGGGAGUUCCACCUCAAGGCGGACGCGCGGGCCGGGGUGGUGGUGUCGCGAGUUCGGGCGAGGGACCCGGACACCGGAGAGUGGCGGGGCGUCAUGCACAAGGGCUUCGUGUCGGAGCUCUUCGUGCCGUACAUGGACCCGACUGACGCCUGGUACUUCAAGACCUACAUGGACGCCGGCGAGUACGGGUUCGGCCUGCAGGCGAUGCCGCUCGUGCCGCUCAACGACUGCCCCCGGAACGCGCACUACAUGGAUGGCGUGUUCGCCGCCGCCGACGGCCGGCCCUACGUCAGGGAGAACAUGGUAUGCAUCUUCGAGCGGUAUGCGGGCGACAUCGCGUGGCGCCACUCCGAGAGUCCGAUCACUGGCAUGGAUAUACGGGAGGCGAGGCCGAAGGUGACGCUCAUGGCGAGGAUGGCAGCGUCAGUGGCGAACUACGACUACAUCAUCGACUGGGAGUUCCAAACAGAUGGGCUGAUCCGUGUCAAGGUUGGGCUCAGCGGCAUUCUCAUGGUGAAAGGAACCCCGUUCUCGCACCUGAACCAAUUCCCGCAGAACGAGGACAUGUACGGCACCAUCCUGUCGGAGAACGUGAUCGGCGUCAUCCACGACCACUACAUCACCUUCCACCUCGACCUGGACGUCGACGGCGCCAACAACUCCUUCGUCAAGGUCAGGAUGGCGAGAGAGGACGCCAACCCCGGGGAGUCGCCGAGGACGAGCUACAUCAAGGCCACUAGGCAGGUCGCCAAGACCGAAAAGGACGCGCAGAUCAAGAUGAAGCUGUACGAGCCAUCGGAGUUCCAUGUGAUCAAUCCGUCCAAGACCACGAGGGUCGGCAACCCGGUCGGGUAUAAGGUGGUGCCCGCUGCCACGGCGGCCAGCCUGCUCGACCACGACGAUCCUCCGCAGCGAAGAGGCGCAUUCACCAACAACCAGAUAUGGGUGACACCGUACAACGAGAGCGAGGAAUGGGCGGGUGGGCUGUUCGUGUACCAGAGCAAAGGGGAGGACACACUGGCUGUUUGGUCUGAGAGGGACAGGGCCAUCGAGAAAAGGGACAUCGUGCUGUGGUACACGUUGGGAUUCCACCACAUCCCUUGCCAGGAAGAUUACCCGAUCAUGCCGACCGUGUCCGCCAGCUUCGACCUCAAGCCGGUGAACUUCUUCGAGAGCAAUCCGAUCCUGAGCGCGCCGCCAAACUUCGAGAAGGACCUCCCCGUGUGCGUGGCCGCAGCAGCAUCCGCCUGAGGGCGCUCGUGCUUCCGGGGUGGGCGGUGGAGCGUUACGUGUAUAGGGUGCUCUGUAUUGUGUGCUUGAUGGAAUGGAACAGCGGGUGUUGGGAUUUCCAUGUCCACAAAACCUUCUCAUGGCCUGUACUAUUAAGCUGCUCUUCUGUCGCAUGCCAUGUUCCUCCUUCGCAGACUCUUGAUUUCUUCCGCUGACAAGGAUCUAACGAGAGUUGGAUCUAAGGUGUUGCAUUGCAUGAUGUAAAGAGGCACUACGAGCAGCAAUAAAUAAUAGUUUGGUGGUGUGGAAGCA